AUGGUCGAGGAAUUGUUUCUUUUCGCUGCUCCGUCCUCUAGUUGUGUUUCCCCACGAUCACAUUCCGAGUCGGGUACUACGAUGACAUCGCGCGAGACUGACACACCUUCGUUGAAGAGGACGUUCACACGAGUCUCAAGGUCCUAUCCGCCUUCACCAGCGGAUCGACAGGACCCACAGAAACCUUUCGAGACUACAACACCUACCCAACAAUCCAACUUGUCGCAGCGCAUGUCACUAUCGCUAAAGCGCCGUUAUCCUUUUUGUAAAUCGCCAUCGGCCCCGACAUCAAUAGUCUACGACGUGCCGACACCUGCUGUACCGUCAUUUGUCUCCAUUUUUGAUCCUGACGUCGACAUGUCCGGAUGUUCUCCUACAAAAGUGACCUCUCAAUUUUCACAUCCCAUCCUUACUAGUGCCGUUAAACCGACCAUGCCAAGGGUACCUGCUGGGCCAAUAUCAUUACAGCAUCCAUCAUUACAGCAUCCUAUACACCAACAGAACAACAGUGUAUCCACGUCCGCAUCCUCCUCAACAAAUUCCUCACCCACAACUACCAUUUCUACAGUCGAAUCAGCAAUCACAGAAGACCACACCCCUGAAUCCUCCCCAGAUUCAUCGGUGCGGGCGGUACCACUCUCUUCCUUCCGAAGCACUACUAUGUCUUCUGACGAUUACUCUAUUGUGCCCCCGAGCCCUUUGCCCGGUUGUGGGCGAUCAAUUUCUCCAAGCAAAAAACCCCGAAACACAAAAAACCUCUCCCUCAACGUGCCUCCACCCCCGGCACAAUCUAGUGCGCAGCCCAAUACACAAGUGAAUCAACCCAGUCCACGUUCAAUGUCAGCACCAACUUCCCCUGCAUUUAUUAAGCCACCACCGCCUGCACAAAAUCCCCGGAGAAGGCCCAGUAACCUCGGAUUAACGAUAAAGUUACCUGGUAGCCUACCUGAAAAGUCCGCGGUCCGGGGCCCCUUGGCUGGUGGUGUCAGUGUAUUAAGGCAUCAUCAAUCAUCACCAUCUUUACUUUCCCCUGGACCCAAUGGCAUUCCAGGUGGCAUGCGAUUACCUCUCACCCCAGGUUUCAGGCAGCCGCGGUUGUUUCAACCGCGUCACAGCUUCAACUCUUGCAAUGCACGUGACGCUUUGUCAACUUCCCCCUCCUCAUCAACAACUAAUUCGCCCCCCAAAAGUCCUGAGGUGUUACAUGAGAUGGACGAGGAAGAUGAGGAGCCAAGAUCUGGAGAAGCAAAAUCGCCUGCCUACCCUUCCGGCCCUGUUUGCAUUUUUGAUCCUAAUAUCUAUCUAUACGCCGAACCUGAUGCUGAGCUCGCAUCGCAAUUCGAUGUUAUUGUGAAUGUAGCGAGGGAGGUCGUUAACCCGUUCAAGACAGAUAAAAACUUGACUGCCGCCAAGGCUGCACUAGGCGCCAACUGCAAGGAUGCGGAGUCGGACUCACUGCCACCUGACACCGCCUGCACGGAAGCAAGUUUUACAACCGCCUUUGAGGAAGCCUUAUUUUCCCCCGUACUAGCGUCCUCCCGCAGGCCUAAAUUAGACGCACUAGGACCAAAACACAAGCAGCCCGAGUAUGUGCAUAUGCUAUGGGAUCAUAAUACACCAAUCCUAGACGAUUUGCCUCAUUUGGUGAACCUGAUUAACGACAGAGCGAGCGCAGGAAAGAAAGUGCUUGUUCAUUGUCAAUGUGGCGUUAGCCGUUCAGCAACAUUACUGAUCGCCUAUGCUAUGUUUAAAUCUCCCGAAAAGACAAUGCAGGAUGCCUAUAACGCGGUUAAAGGGCGAAGCAAGUGGAUUGGGCCGAACAUGAGUUUGAUUUACCAGUUGACAGAUUGGAAGAAGAAGAUCGCAUCCGAUAACUCACAGCCGGUGAUGGCGGGGUGGAGAGGGGGAGGUGCAGGAAGCGCUGGAGGCCGAGGGCAUACAAAAGUAGACACUAGGGGUGGUUUUGGAAGAGCUGGUCCCUCAGAUGGGCCUGGGAUGUCAGAAUCGAUCCCGGAGCCUCAAACAGCACCAUUGCCUGUCUGCCGGAAUUCACCAUCCUCAUUACCUUUGGAUACGUGCAUGGGUCAAUCUGGAGAUCAUCCAAUCCCGCAAAUGGUGAGGACGAGAUCCGAGAAUGGUGGAUUUAUAUCUGGUGUUUCUCCAGGGCCUUCUUCGGCUCCACCGGGCAUGAUAACGAUUCCUGGUGCCUCAGAUAUUUCUUUCAAAAGACAAUCAUGGCCAGAGAAGAUCUCAACGCCACUUUCUGAGCGAGCUGAUUCUCCACUCGCAUUGUGGGGGAUGGGGGCUUCGGAGAAGUCGCGUGUAGGCUCUGUCCCUCCGUUGCUGCAAUCGUCUGCAUAUCUUGUUCAGUGCGAGGAAAUAUAUGGUCGAGAUGCCGGAAGCGGGGAUGACGAUCUUCCCCCGCCCCCACCGAACUUUACCAGCCCUCGGAGCAGCACCUAUUUUCCUGUCCCGAUGAGGCGUUCUGGAAACUUCUCCAUUUUCACAGAUCCCAGGAGUCCAACACAGCGCGGCGAGACGCCGAUCGUUAGGAGCAUCUUUGACGUCCUGUAGCAACUACUGUGGGGCCGGUGGAGCGACUCGGCCGGCUGAAUCAGGGGGCUCGGAUGGGUUCUAGGCAGUCGGGGGUUAGCUUUAGGUUCCUUUGUAAGGGCUUAUUUGUUACUAAUCGAACAAAGGGAGUGGGGGUGUAGAUCGUCGCGGAAGCAGCGAUGGAGCAUUCAUCGCCGGCUGGAAUUUGGCCGUGGGGGGUCUAAAAAACAAUUUCUUUUUAUCUUUCCUAUAUUCAGUAGGCUUUACUCGGGGGAAACCGGAGCAUGAAUGAUACCCUUCUUUACUUUUUCUUCCCGCUUCGUUCCUUUUUCUUGUGGGGGUUGAUAGAAAUGGAGGAGUGAUAGGAUGUGAUGGGUUUCGAGCACAAGGGGAAUGGGCGCGCAGUGUCGGUCGUUUGGAUCAUGAUUUCCCUUUUUCUUUUUCCCUUGCUAAGCCAGUUUAUGGUUGGGAUCUCGAAUUUCCUUCAUAUUCCCGAUUUUUUCCAUCUUCUACGAUCGCUUGAUAAAGGUAUUACGCCUAAUUUUUAUUUUCGCUUCCUAUCCCAUCUGCCGUCUCCUGUACUGUACAUUUUUAUGAGAUGACUGGGAAGGAGAGCUCCUGGGGAGACUAUCCUUUUUACUUUCAUUUUUUCCCCACUUGGUUUUUAUUUGUUUCAACCUUUUUUUACCGCCCUUAGCCGAGAGAUCAAAAAAACACUUUGGGUAUGAUACCUCAUUUUCAUUCGUUGUAAAGCCCCCCCUUUUUUUCGGGUUUCCCUUUUACAACUCGAUACCCCCCACCUCCCCUUGUGUGCUCGCUGUUUUACUCUACUUUCAGGAGUUCGAGUCUUCGCUCCAAAUCACUGAUUAUAUUUAUUUCCUUAUAUUCUGGUGUUCAUUUUUCUCUUUUUCUGCCAUCUGUUACUAUCGGACUUUUUUAUUUAGUUUGCUUGCUUGUGUUUUGUUUUCCGGUUUAUCUCAGCUUUAGUCUUAUUUUCUAGUUCCUGGGAAUGGAUGGAUGGAUGGGUGGGGGGGUCGGAAGGGAUGGGAAGAUGGUCCUGUAUAUACAUAUAUAUUGUACCCAUAUGAGAUGGUAUUGGUAGUAUUAUGUGCGGAAUAUUAUACCAUUGUUGUAUCACCCC